AUGUUUCAGAGUAAAACUCCAGUGUUAUCAGCAAUGAAUAAACGUCUAGCUCAAUCUAUUGGAGUUCGGCUACGUAAUUUAUUAAAACUACCCAAAGCUCAUAAAUGGGUUUGUUAUGAAUGGUUUUAUUCAAACUUAGAUGCACCAUUAUUUCUGGGAGAGAAUGAUUUCUGUAUCUGUCUGCGUGAAUCGUUUCCAGAAUUGAAAACUAAGAAAUUAAAUCGGAUUCAGUGGAAUAAAAUCAGACGACUGAUGGGCAAACCCAGAAGAUGUUCACCAGCGUUUUUUCUAGAAGAACGAGCGGUGCUGGCUGAGAAGAGAGAUAAAAUGAGGUUAUUACAACAAAGAAAAUUGAACGAGUUUAAUAAUCUUAAAGAUUUACCUGAUGAAAUACCAUUACAUUUAGUUAUUGGUACCAAAGUAACAGCUCGAUUACGUCAACCUCAAGAUGGUUUAUUUACUGGUACGAUAGAAGCUUUAGAUACGAAUGAUAAUUCUUAUCGUGUUAUAUUUGAUCGUCCAGGACUGGGUACACAUUCAAUACCUGAUAUUGAAGUUUUGAGUAACGAACCACCAGAGACGAUUCCAUUAUCAGCUUUUCAACAUAAACAACGACCACGGCUACAGAACCUCUUCUCCCCGCCCCGUUUUAUACCCAGUCUAGGUUCACCCAGCCAACAUCUAGUAAAUAAUGAUCCGUUACUAAGUGGGUCACCAUUCAAGGGGAGAUUACUGAGUUUAGACGGAGGAACAUAUGGUGGAUUCCCAAUCAGAUUUCUUGUUUUAGUUACUAGAUUAUCCAAGAUAUUAACUAUUAAAAAAGACUGGAUACAACAAGUAAAAGAUAUGAACACCCAGGCUGAAAAAUCAAAAUCGUAUCUUCAACCUAUCACAGUAGAUUUUCAACGUAAAUACGCCAACAUAGUUCUAGAACUGGACAAACUUAAUAAAGAUUUAAACGAAUAUUUGAUGGGGGUUCAAGAAUUCUGUCAAGAGAUGGGACCACCUCAUGGAGUAACAGUUGUUGACCAACCAUCAGAAAUAAAACGAAAAUGUGAUGAUGAGGCACAAGAAUUAGGAAUGUUCAGCAAUAAGAAAACAGCUAAAAAUGAAAGUGUUUUAAGUCUAGUGUCUAAUUUAACAUCACUCAUGUUACAGAUCAGAACGUUUACUCAGAAUGAUUUCAAUUCGUUUGAGUUUAAAUCUCUACAAGAUACACUAGCAGAAAUUAAAUCAGGCAUGAAUUCCAAUAAUAUCAACUCAUUUCAAAACAAUGUUGAAAUUCAUAUUAAUCAUAUACAGAGCGGUUUAACACAGAUGGGAAAUCUUAGUGCUUUUUCUAAUUCCUUGGCAGAGUGA